AUGUCUAGACCCUCCGACGCUGAUAGCCUACUGUAUGACUCCGAGUCUGCCCUGUCUCGCGACUCGCUUGAUGUGGGCACUGAAAGUUCUUCCUCUUCGCACUCCUCUGAAAACCCCUUUCCAGCUGCUCUUCAACAGGUCCCGACCAACGCACAAAACAAUUACCCACCCCACCAACCACUACCGAACCAUGCAGACGAUGGGCAAGUCGCUACUCCGACACUUGCAGUUGCCAAGACGCCCAGCGGAAUCAAGCCCAAGGCUAGAAUCUCAUGGUGGUGGUGGUGGGAAAUCGGCGGAGCGCUCGUAAGUAUCAUCAGCAUGGGGCUCGUCCUGGUAGUCCUCUUCGAAGCCAAUGAUCGAUCUCUUGCAGCUUGGCCAUUGUGGAUUCAACCGAACUCCUUGAUUGCAGUGUUCACGACUGUCGGUAAAUCCGCCAUGAUGGUCCCGAUUGCAUCUUGCAUAAGCCAAUUGAAAUGGAGGCAUUUCGAAUUACGCGCGAACCGACUGAGCGACUUGCAACUUCUAGACGAGGCCAGCCGAGGCCCAUGGGGCUCGCUAAUGCUUCUUUCCGACUUUCGUAUCGGUGCCUUUACCGCCCGGGCUUUGGCUAUUGUAUCCCUGGUGUCACUUGGAUUCGAUCCUAGUGCCCAGCAGAUUCUAGAUUUCCCGACAAGAGAAACCAGGCUCACAAACACGUCCGCUUCUAUCGGGGUUGCGAGCUCAUAUAUUUCCAAGGCAUUCGUUGAGGAUACAGAUAUGACCACAGAGCAGUUUGACUACGCUAUCGAAUGGAACCAAGAUCUCUUCAAGCUUCAGUCUUCAAUCAUUGAUGGCAUCUCUGGAUCGGUCUUCCAACCAGCAUACUCAUGUCCCGGGGAGCGUUGCUCUUGGCCCAAUUUCACCACUCUCGGAGUAUGCAGCGACUUCCUGAACUUGACUGACAUAGUCGAAGUGGGUUGUGUCGGAAGCUUCGAUGACCAACAGAACUGCUCCUACCGAUUCCCGAUUGACGUUCCCAUCAAUUCCUACUACAUGGCGCCAUUUGUUUUGAAUGUUUCAUACGCCGAGCAAGCUACAGGCACCAGUAAAUCCACUGCAAUUUUCGCCUCGCGUGGAGAUCUUGGUAUGUCUCCAGAAGCGGGCGGCGUUGGAGCGGCGGUAUUAUUCGCGAUAAAGAUGAUAAACGAUUCUAGGGUGAGCCUCAGUGAUGCACCCCAGGUUGAGGCGUUUUACAGCACGUGGUAUUGGUGUGAGCAAAGUCACUACAACGUCACCGCGGACCCCGGCACGAUCAUUGAUGCGGACAUAACGUCCGAGAUGCCGUUCCAUCCGGAUGACCUCAAGGUUGGACAAAAUUUAGAUGGAGCUGAGUACCUGCCGUUGAUUGCGAAUUCUAGUGGUCAUGUCUUCAGCAUCUCUAUGACUAUCAAGAACGACCUGUUCCCAUACUUGUACAAGCUGCUCACGAGGGACAUUGUGGACUCGUAUCCUCACGCAGGAUCGAAUCUUGACAACGACUCUCUCGACCUGUCAACUUUCCUUUAUACAACAAAUCUCGAAAAUUUCACCGAUAACUUAGCAAAGACACUCACGAACCAAAUACGAAGCGUUUCCCCAGGCGACAAUCAGAAUGCCACGACAUUUGCCGGAGAUGUAUUUGUCAAGGAGGUCUAUAUACGAGUCACAUGGCCUUGGUUAAUCAUCCCUCUUGCCGAGACCUUGACCACAACCAUACUCCUAGUCUAUUGUAUAGUACUCUCUAAGCACCAUCGUCUUCUGAAAGAGUCUCUUAUCGCGCUCCUUGUCCACGGCUUGGACGGUUGGAGAGCGGAUGAGAUCGAUCUCCCAGAUCCUGAGGAUGCAGAGAAGCUAGAAACAAUGGCGGAAGGCAUGAAAGCGAAAUUUAUGGAAGAUGGUGAUGGACGGCUCAGAUUUUUGAAAGCCUAA